AUGAUCUUUAUGGGUCCCGAUCAACCUGUGCUUCUGUACGAGAGCACAUGUGAACUCUUUUAUCACGGCUCAUUCUGCAUCUCCGUGGCAAAGCCUGUGUAUCUAGAGAAGCCUCAGGGAGGAUGGAUACUGGCUGUGGCUUCGCCCGGGGGAGUCCGGGCCGGGCUGUUCGUUCUGACAAUGAGUAAAAGAAGUGCUAAGUCAUCGUCUGCUGCGUUCGUCUCAGAGGUUGGGAAAAGAUAUGUGAAGAAAACGGGUGGAACAUUACAGGCUGCAAAAUGGAAUGCUUCUCUGGCUUCUAAAAUCAAAACUAAAUUAAUGAAUAACUCGUCUCUGUUUAAAGCAUCUUUACAACAAAAUAACAAAGCAUUAGCUCUGGCUUUGAACAGGGAGAAAGAAAAUUCUCGCAAGCUAAAGAAUGAGAAGAUUUUUCUUCAGAUGGAAGUAGAAAAACUGCAGUUUCAUAAUAUCUUCCUUUGUCACAAACUAAACUGUUUGAAUAAGAUUCUUGUAGGAAUAAAAGCAUAUUUGAAUGAUAACCUCUUAACUGCAAUAGAAGUGAGCAGCCUUUCUGAGAAUCUUCAGAGUUCCCUUCAUCGGUCAGCUGAUCCCAGUAGCCCUACUGUUGAGCAGUUCAAGAGUGCAUGUCAGUCAUCUAGAUCUGUAGAAUUGCCAGUGAAGCUUCCUUUAAUUCUAAGAGCUAAUGCAAAGGAGCAAGGUAGCCCUCCUCUGGGUGAAAUACCAAACUACUACAAGUGUACCACUAAUUUCUCAAAGGAAAUGCGUUCAGAUCAAGUCAAGUUAGCAUCAUCACUGCCUUCUGGUACAAAUAAUCAGAAGUUAAUUGAAAUAGACCCAGUGGAAACAGCUGUUGACAAACAAAUCUUAAAAGAAAAUCUAUUGUGCACAGAAGUAAGUUGCAUUAGUGCCUUCCUAACUUGUGUCAAAAAUAAACAAUCCUUAGAACAGCCUGAGGAGCUUACGGAGCAAUAUAAUGGUAGUUCAUUGCCAUCCUAUGGAAAUGUGGCCGAAACAGAGAAACAUGCAGUUCUUCCUAAGUCAAAACAUCAAUCUAACAUAAAGGAUUUUGAUGAAAAAUGUAAGUCAUUUAAUCUGCCUCAUCAUGGUACCAACAGUGGCAGCAACACCAAUGAUACGAAUUUGCAGGAAGGUUCAAGUGACUUGUCUUGCGUUAUUCCCUCACCUCGUAAAUUCAGCAAUGAAAGUGAGACAGAUUUUAAGAAGCUGCUUUUUACUGACAAGAUGAAGCCUGAAGAAACUCUUUAUGAUGAUGAUAUGGAGUUGACUGCCAGUGAUGUGGGUGAACUACUCACAGUUACAGCGAAAGACAAUCGUAAAUUGCGCCAAAAUAAAAGUAGUAAUGCAAAUUCUGGUAAAAUACUAGCAAGUUUCAGAAAAGCAAAGUACUCUAAGAAGGAUAAAAAGGAAGUUAAAAGCAAAACUGAAGUCAGUUCGAAUUUGUAUGCAGAAGAAAGGCACACAAGAGCUGGCAAUAGUGAAGCUUCAAAAACUAUUGACUCACAAACUCAACAAUUCCAAAGUCAGUCAGAACAGUCAUAUACAGGAAAUUCUGUCGAGAAACAGAGUAAAACAAGUACAGCUAAAGCUACUAGGAGGACAUACCAAGUUAAUUUAAUGAGUCCAAGAAAACAGAAGACAAAUAAAGAAACCUUCUCAAAAACAUUUGGAGUCAUGAAAAACAAAAUCCAAAAAGCAGACUCAAACUUAUCUGCUAACGGGAUCCCACCAGAAGUUUGUGCUGAAAAAUUACCAUUCCAAGAUAACACUUCUAAUAUGUUGCCUUUACAGGAGGACUUCCUGAAUACAAAUGACAAAGAUAGCAGACCAACAGUAAACAGGAAAACUUUUCAAAACCCUUCCAAAGCAAACACAGCAAAAUACCAUAGAGAGGAAAAUGGCCAGUGUGGAGAAUAUAUUUUUAAAAAAUCUCAAACAAAGAUACACCAACAUGAGAGCAAGCGUAAACAAGACCAGAAGAAUACUAUACAAAUUAAAAACAACCAAAAAAGUGGUUACAGGGAAAGCAGAGAAACUGAGAAUUACAGCACUCAUGAAACUCGACAGAAAGCAGACCAAAACAGUAGCCAUUUUUUGCCAGGCAGAUUAAAACAUACAUUGGCAAAAGCUGGCCAGAAAGCACACAUCAUACCAAAAGAAAAUCUUACACAGUUCUCAGUUUGUAAAAGUGAAGAAUUAAAAAAUAAGGAUUCAUUGCAUGCAGAGGCUGUUAGUGGAAAUAAAGUAACCAAAACUCAGCAAAUCCAAGUAGCUUUAAUUACUCUAAAUGGUGCAGCUACAAAUACACCAGAAGCUAAAGAAGCUAAUGAUGCUGACAUGUUAAAGAAAGUAAAUUCCUCAGCAGUGGCAAAUAGAAACCCUCAUAUUAGUAAUUCUCAUCAUCAGAUGAAUCAGCAGAAACAGAGUUCUGAUGUUACUAAGACCAGACAAGAAAAAAUUUAUUUCAGGCGUAUUGAUCAGGGAGAACAGAAUAUUUUGGAUGACCAGGAAGUCCCUCAUGAAAUAGACUCCUUUCCUAGCAAGUUAAAGCCUAUGAUUCAAGUUGAAUGUUCUAAGAAUAUGCCAUUAAAUGUAGAUAGAUUUUCCCAGGAAGGUCUUUCCAAUAUUGAGCUCCCAGCUGUCAAUAAUCACAAUGCUUCUAUCAACUUCUCUAUGCUGAAAACCUCUGAAAUCCAUGGGGAAAAUGGUCACAAUAAAGCACUGGAUGCUGAAAAGGCAGAACAAAAUCUGGAUCAUCUUUCUAAAGGCAGUUACAAAAGUACUCUGACAUCUUCUCAUGGGAGAAGGGCUUUCCAAGAUGUGACAAAUACUCGUACACAAUCUCACACUUCCGUACCUAAAUCCCCUGAAGCUUCAGGAGAAAACUCAGCAGCACCAUCUAGACGAGAAAGACACAAUAUUUGCUACAGAGAACCCAAUCUGCUGAG